UUUCACGACAUGCCUGACUGGUCCUCAAAUGCAGAGAUUCUCAAAGAUAGCGGUAUCUUUGUGAAGCUUCAGCAUGCUCUACUGGGCCUCUAUGCUUGGGAGUGGUUCAUUUCACUACCCUUCGAUUGGGAGGUUAUCACUGGGCGAAAAAGAUUCCGAUGGCCUCUGAUAUUCUACUUCGCGAAUAGGUACCUCUUACUCGGUGCCCUGAUUGGAAUAGCCAUUGGGUUCGAUACCUUCGAAGAAAUCAAUUGCCAGUCAUUAUAUACGUUCAACCAACUGGCCGGAGAUGCUGCUGUUGGUUUUGCGAGUAUCAACCUAUCGCUACGGACCAUUGCGAUCUGGUCGCAGAACACUUAUAUCAAGGUCUUCCUGGUCGUGAUCAUCUUAGGCCACUGGAGCCUGAUUCUUCAAGGUGUUCUUCUUGAUGCGCAAUGGUCCAACGAGCUCGGUACUUGUGUGAUAAAAGACACCAACACGACCAUCUUGGCAGCGACAUUCACAUACUCGAUGGUUUUCGACCUGAUUGUUUUCUGCCUCAACGCGUACAAGCUCGGUGUCCGACGACGCGGCAAGAGCAAGCUGACUAAAAUGAUUUUCAAGGACGGCUUACUUUUUUUCUUCAUCGCUUUCCUAGCCAACCUAAUCGCGACAAUCUUCAUGUUCCUCAAGCUCAACCCCGUUAUGAGUGUGGUCUUUAAUGUUCCCGCCGCCAUUGCAUCCACCAUCGUUGCCACCCGCGCUGUGCGCCGCCUAACGAACUUCACUAGUCACGGCCCAGAGAUGUAUCAGCCUUCUGCUUCAAGUAGUGGCGCUGUAAGAAGCUACAGCGGUGCGCGGGGCCUGACACAUACCGGUCGAGGAGGUUACAAGGGACAGCAAGGAGUGCAUGUUCAGAUGGAAACCUUUGUACGCGCAGAAGAAGGCUUCGGCAGUCCUACCAGCGAAAGCCCGAUCGCUCUCAAACGACAAGCCGAACAGGGGAGCGUGGAGUACGAUCUCGAGACGAAGGCGCCUGGGGCUUUCUGA